AUGAAAGAUAGCAAGGUUAUUGUGGCCAUCAACAAGGAUCCUGACGCACCAAUCUUCCAGGUGGCAGACUAUGGAUUGAAAGCCGACCUAUUCAAAGCCGUGCCUGAAAUGACCGCAGCUCUGAAGUGA